ACUGAACAUGCUCAUAUAUCCCGACUCGACACUUGCAUGUUUCUCGAGUAUCUGACAAUAUAGCGGGACAUACCAUUGAUUGAGAUUCAGCGAUCUGACAGUCCGACUUAUCGCCUAUUGUAUAGUGACGAUAUCUCCUGGUUAUCACCUAUUCCUUCAACGAGUGAGAAGGAGGCAACUUCUAGCAUAGAACUGGAGAGAGAAUUGUACCCAUGGCGCCUCAGAAAAAAGGGACCCAAAGGAAAGCUCAGGCCGUACGUAAAGAAGCUCUAAAGACGGAACCUUCAGUCCUCUCGAAUGUCGGAAAAGCAGUACUGCUACUCGCAGUAGCGGGCGCUGCAACUACAGUAUCUCAACUAAGCCUGUCCCCAGUCUACGGGUCCAUCCCCUCUGCUCUAUUUCAUCAGCGGGCCGUAACGGGUACUGCGCUAUCAGCUGUCAUGGCGAGACAUAGCCGUACGCUGAAGCGAUAUGUCCCUAGAAAUCUUUCUGAGUUUAUUCCGCUGCUUGCAUACUGGAUCCCACCUAUUCAAUUCAUUAUGUUCAAGCUCAGCGGUCACCUUGGCCCGAUCUAUGGCCCACUCAUAACUGAGAUGGUUACCUAUCUUCCGCUACUGUUUAUGGUAGUGUAUGCUGCGGGCGAUCUUAUUGACACGAUCGAUCUUCGCCAGCUUCAAUGGAACUCGACUGUCAUAGAUAUGAUCGGGCCUGUACUCUCGUAUAUCAUUGUUACCAUAUCAAGCAAAGUCACUGCCUUGCAACUGCCCGGAGCUAUGAGCACCAAUCAAUUUUUGACAAGAUCAGGACUUCAGCUACUCCUAGCUUCAAUCUUUGCAGCUGCGUCUACCUCAUUCUGGGUAGUGUUGGCGGUCCCGGCCAUGAUACAUACAAUGAUCGCAAACCCACAUUACCACGGUGUGAAAGCUACUGCUGCUCUGAACUCGACAUUGGCGGUGUAUAAUUAUACGAUUCUAGAGCGCAGGGAGUCUUUGACUGGAUAUGUAUCCGUUUUGGAGGAUCACAACAAUUACUUUCGUAUCCUACGUUGCGAUCAUAGCUUGCUAGGAGGUAAUUGGCUACUCACGCCAGAAAGAAUUGCACAAGGCUUCAUCAUGCCUGAGACCAUCUACUCAGUCUUUACUAUGCUUGAAGCCGUGCGACUUGUCGAAACGCCGAAACCGAAACCUGAUAGCGAGAAGAGUGCUUUGGUAAUUGGCUUGGGGAUAGGCACGGCUCCAAGUGCAAUGAUUGCGCACGGCAUCAACACAACCAUCGUCGAGCUUGACCCUGCCGUACUCGAGUUUGCGUCAAAGUACUUCGAUCUGCCAGACAAUCACACCGCAGCCGUCAUGGACGCGGUGGCCUUUAUCAAUGAAGUCGCAGUGGCAGCCCCGUCAAGCUACGACUUUGUCAUCCAUGAUGUGUUUACAGGUGGAGCAGAGCCCGCAGCCCUCUUCACUACAGAAUUCCUCCAAGGUAUCCGAACUGUUUUGCGCAAGGAUGGUGUCGUUGCCAUAAAUUACGCCGGGGACAUGUCCCUCCCGUCCACACAGAUAAUCCUCAACACCAUACACCAUGUAUUUCCCACCUGCCGUAUCUUCCGCGACUCACCCGAACAAACGAAGUCCGCAUCAAGCGACACUGAUUUCAUCAAUAUGGUAGUGUUUUGCACUAAUGCGCCAGAUGGGAGCAAUUUAGUCUUCCGCGAACCUAAUUCGAAUGACUGGAAAGGGAGUGUCGCACGUCGAAACUACUUGUAUCCUCGUCCAGACCUGGAGAUAAAGUACGAGUUCAAGGGGGCGGAGGCAACAGCGAAGCUGUUACGGAAAGGUGAGACGGCGGAGUUGGAACGACAUCAGAAUGAGGCCGCCAUCAGUCAUUGGAGAAUCAUGAGGACAGUCUUGCCAGCUGGGGUUUGGGAGAACUGGUAAUCUAGAACCUUGAAUGGGUUGAUAUGGGAUAUGUUUUGAGUAUGCUGGCGCCGG